UCCCACUCGCUACCCUAGAUGACGCUUUGUAAUGCUGUAAACUCUGCUGACGUUAGACUGAUCGGCUCAGAACGCAGAAAGAGGGGUCCUUAUAUACCAGUUCUGACAACAAACAAGGCGCUCUUCACACACUGCCAGCAUUACAUGCCAUCACAACAACAAAGAAACCAAAUCUCAGCCGACCUCAUUGCAAUGGGCAGAAGAAGUGAAAUCCCACCUUCGUUGUAUGGUGAACCUCGCAAGUUCGACCCUGCAUUCAAAGGGCCUAUCCACAACAGGCACUGUACAGAUGUUGUCUGCUGUGUGAUCUUUGUUGUUGUCAUCCUGGGCUAUAUUGCAUUGGGAUCUGUGGCCUGGAUGCAUGGAGACCCAAGAAAAGUUAUUUACCCAACUGACAGCUAUGGACAGUUCUGCGGCCAGCAGAGCACACCGAAUGCGAACAAAGCCAUAUUAUUCUACUUCAACAUUCUGAAAUGUGCCAGUCCUGCAGUUCUCAUAAAUCUACAGUGCCCAACAACACAGCUGUGUGUUUCCAAGUGCCCCGACAGGUUUGCAACCUACUUAGAUAUGCAAUAUGCAUACAGAUACAACAAAAGCUACUGGGAGUAUUACAGGCAAUUCUGCAAGCCAGGUUUUAACAAUCCAAGAAAGUCUAUUGGAGAAGUUCUGCGAGAUGAAGAUUGCCCGUCAAUGAUAGUUCCAAGCAGGCCAUUUCUUCAGCGGUGCUUUCCAGACUUCACCACCAGAAAUGGGGUGUUGACUGUAGCCAAUAAAACUACCUUCAAAGAUGGAAGAGGUAAAACGAGAAACGUGACCGACCUCAGAGAGGCUGCCAAACAGGUUACAGCUAUUCAACAAGGAGGUGAAAGUGGUAUAAACAGUGUUCUUGAUGCAAGAGAAGUGGGAAUAAAGGUUUUUGAAGACUAUGCCGGUUCCUGGUAUUGGAUUUUAAUAGGCCUAGUCAUUGCGAUGGUGGUGAGCCUGCUGUUUAUCCUCCUCUUGCGCUACACAGCCGGGGUCCUGCUCUGGGUCAUUAUAUUCGGGGUGAUCGGGGUCAUUGGAUACGGGAUCUUGCACUGUUACUUGGAGUUCAGUACCCUCAGAGGGAAGCCAGGAGCUGAUGUCACCAUCUCAGACAUCGGCUUCCAGACAGACUUCAGAGUCUACCUGCAGCUAAGUCAGACCUGGCUCAUCUUCAUGAUAUGUCUCUGCAUUAUUGAAGUCACUAUCAUACUGAUACUGGUUUUCUUGAGGAACAGAGUCCAUAUCGCUAUUGCACUGCUCAAGGAAGGAAGCAGGGCCAUCGGACAUAUAAUGUCGACUUUAUUCUACCCAAUCAUCACCUUCCUUCUCAUAGCGAUCUGUAUCUCAUACUGGGCUGUCACUGCCGUAUUCUUGGCUUCAUCUGGUGAACCAAUAUACAAAGUGAUGCCAGCCCAACCAAAGUGCAUGUAUGAAAACUUCACAUGUGAUCCUGAAACUUUCAACAGUACGAAUGUGACCAAGCUGUGCCCGCGCUCUCAGUGCACGUUUGCGUUCUAUGGGGGCGAGAGCCUUUACCACAAAUACAUCUUCAUCCUCCAGAUCUGCAACGUCUUUGUGUUCCUGUGGCUGGUGAACUUUGCCAUUGCUCUGGGCCAGUGUACUCUCGCAGGGGCCUUCGCAUCCUAUUACUGGGCAUUCAAGAAGCCAGGAGACGUCCCUGCCUGCCCACUCUUUUCUUCAUUUGGAAGAGCAAUUAGAUACCACACAGGCUCGCUGGCUUUUGGAUCUCUAAUUCUUGCCAUUGUCCAGUUGAUCAGAAUCAUUCUAGAGUAUUUGGAUCAUAAACUUAAAAGUGCACAGAACAAAUUUGCCAAAUUCAUGCUAUGCUGUCUGAAAUGUUGUUUCUGGUGCUUGGAACAUUUCAUUAAAUUCAUGAACAGAAAUGCAUACAUAAUGAUUGCAAUAUAUGGCAAAAACUUCUGUUCAUCAGCAAAGGAGGCAUUCUUUUUGUUGAUGAGAAAUGUUAUCAGGGUUGCUGUGCUAGAUAAGGUUACAGAUUUCUUGCUGUUCCUGGGGAAGGUUCUCAUUGCAGGGAGUGUUGGUGUCCUUGCCUUUUUUUUCUUCACACGCAGAAUACCUGUUAUUCAAGAAGAAGUGCCAUCAUUAAACUAUUACUGGGUACCACUGCUGACUGUGAUAUUUGGCUCAUACCUGAUCGCCCAUGGCUUCUUCAGUGUCUAUGCAAUGUGUGUGGACACACUGUUCCUCUGUUUCUGUGAAGAUCUAGAGAGAAAUGAUGGAUCAGCAGCUAAGCCUUACUUCAUGUCUCCAGAGUUGCACAGAAUCCUGGGAAGAAACGAACAAAGCCCUUAAAAAGUCUACUGGCUAAUUGCUUCAAUUGCUGAGCGUCACCCAAAAUAGCUUUAUUUAUUCGUAAACCUGCUGUAGCAUGCUUUAAGUAAUUUGGAUGUGCUGUUCAUGGGCUAAAGUAAUGUUAAUGUGAACUGGCCAAACGUGUAUGUGGACAGGUACAGACCAAGGGAUGCAGGGCUCUGUUCAGUUCUUAUCUGGUGCUGAAGGCUUUUUGUGUUGUUGAUGCUAAUAUCUUAUGCAGUGGGAUGCAUAUGGCACUAAAUUCCAUUGCUGGAUGUAUUGCUCAUACUAGGCCAUUGUGUUCAUUGGGUUAUUGGCAUAUUUUCUCCAGUGGAUGCCAUUUAAUCACAUUAAUAUGACUUUGAUAAGGUCAAAGAAACUAAUGCAGUUUAAUCCACUUUCUAUCUGGUAGAAAUGAAGCCAGUAAUAAAAUAGUAAACUAAAUUUACUAAUUUUAGAAUAAGGUGGAGUUUAGAGGGGACAAAAUGAAAAGAUGGAGUUGGAGAAGAUUUUUAACACUAGAAUGCAUCUGCAAAGUCUAGAAUUUUUUUUUGUAGCACAGUCAAUGUAUGAGGAAAUGCAUCUUUUUAAACGUUUAUUUAACAAACCCAUAAUAAAUUAAUCAAGUACAGUAUCUUCAUAGCUUCUUCAGUCCUUAUAUUUUACAGACAAAAAAAGAAAACUAUAUGAAGACAUCAGUGGAAUUUAUCGUUAAUAUUUUCCAUUGUAAUUAUCUUCAUUACACAACACCACCUGCCUAUUCAUUUUUUGGUAUGGAAGUACAUUGUAUUUGCAUACAAUGUCAGUUUGAUAUGAAUUUUUGUACACUCAAUUUGGUGUUUUACUAGGGUAAUAUAUUUUGUGAAAUUAUUAUUUUUUUUUUCCUAAACUUUUGAGAAAUACUGUACAAGUGUUUUUAUACAAGUAAUGUUGAUUAGACAAUGAGCUAUACUUGGAUGAUACUCUGCCAUACCUUGAACAGAGUGUGCUUUUUUGUGAUAUCCUUGUGCUUUGAGGUUAUGUAGUUAUUUAUUUUUGAUGAACAUUGUCUAUUAAGACAUUCAUAUGAUUUUAAAAAAAUAUAAUACAAAUAAUAUGAUUUGAACAGAGCCCUGUAUGAUUUUAGGAAACAUAUAUUAAGACUAAUAGAAAGAACAGUUUCUAGUUCAGGUGCCUAGUUACUAAAAAAAAGAGAUUACA